AUGCUGGACUUGGUCGCCCAAGCCGAUAUGUCGAUUCCAUCUGUUUGGUCCUCAGAGACUGAGCGGAUGCUUAGGUGCCUCAGCGGCUUCUCACUGAUCUGGUGGCUAGAUGUGGAGAUGUCCGGUUUGGGCACGAUAUCCACCGUCGAAGCGCCCUCGACACUCUUCGUUGCGCGUUUCAUACAGCGCUUUGACGCUGUGUGGGAUCACAUAUGGAAACACAGAGCGCGUCUCAUCUUUGCUAGCCAGAACGGUCCUGACAACUUUCGUACAUACGGGGGUACUGCCAUGUUGCAGGAAACCGGUCGCUACCUUGUGUUUGCGGCUCGCAAGCGACUGGCUGACUCCCCGGCUCCUGUGAAGUCUUCGAAAUUGCCCGCUUUCCUUCUUUGGUCCUGGUGGUUGAUUCCUCCGGAAUCGGGCCAUCAAAGUGAUAACCGCGUGCUGGACGCAUUCAUACAGGUUUAUAUGAGCUCAGCCAUCCCGCAACGGCGUGUAUGGAUGGAAGAUGUCGUACUCAAGGAUAUUGGUGCAGAAAAGGUACUCUCAAAACUGAUUCGCUCCAUCACGGAAAACGAGAUCAUCGCUGGUGACCUCCUGGGGAACACACUACUUGCGCUCGAUGAGAUAGCUUCCUGGAAGCAUCCCGAUAUGGCUCAAGCCGCUGGCCGAGUACCUAUAACAUCCACACUCGCAUUCGCACUGCAGAAUAGAGAUGGUUCGGCUCGACCUUACAUCGUCGACGACCGGCAGCCGGGUAUGACGCAUACGCAUGUGAGAUUUAAAAUCUGGAUCUCGUGCGCUCAUCUACUCGAGGCCGUUGCUUCGGGACUCGCGAGCGGUACGACAAAGGCUGAAAUGGUGUCUGGAAUCGACGUUUACAAUAUCUUCGCGCAUGGCCUGACCCUGGCUUUGGCUGCCCUCCUGAUUAACGAGAAAGAGGCGUAUGAGGCAUAUAGUGGUUUCUACACGUCUUCACUACAGUGCUGGACGAAUCACCUGCGCCAGCACAAGCGAGAUAAGCACGCGUUUCCGACCGCUGUCGUCCAAAGUCUGCGUCACGCCGCAGGACCCGCGUGGUACGGGAUUCUGCUUGAACUGCGCAGAUUAACGGACGUACCCGUCUCUAUCAAGCACUUGAUUGAAGACUGGCUAGCUUUUGGGGUCGCAAUUGGCUUCGACGAGGAGAAAAAGCGCAAGGAACAUAACAAUAUGCUUGCCCACAUCUGCUCCUGGCCCUUCUGCCCGUACCACUUGUCACCCGCAGAGGAGGCCUUCAAGCAUUGUAAGGGCUGCGGAGUCGCGCAUUACUGCUCUCCAGAAUGCCAAGCCAGCGAUUGGAAGAAAGGAGGUCACAAAGCGGCGUGCCGUCGUCUCAAGACGUGA